AUGGGCUUCUUCACUGGCUUCCUCGGUGGAUUCGCCUUCACAUCAUCCGUUCUCUACGUUACCGUCCACGUCCACCGCUCAACACGCAUAGCGCAGCGCCAAGCUAUUCGUGAGCAAGUUGACCAAAUAGACUGGCUAGUCUCUUCUUCCGGUGCAUAUGAUCGUCGCAAUCUCCCAGUGGACAUUCCGCGGCGCCGACGUGAAGAGCUAGAGGCCCAGAAACACGCGGAACCGACCAUGAAGGAGAUAUUAAAGCACAGGUGGAACACAGAAGUCGAGACCCUGACAAGGAAGGCUUAUGAAACAAGGUGGCAGGAUAUUAGGGAUACUGCCGCCGAUGGUUGGAAGGCCGCCUCGCAGAUCAUAAAGCGCGAAUAA